CUUGUGGCAGGAGUUGUAACUGCAGUGAUUCACUGACAUACAUCGCUGACAUCCAGAAAAGUACUCUAUGUUCAUUUUCCUGACAAAGUUAGGACUACAUCUAAAGAUAACGUUAGCCAGCGAGACACAGAGUCUGAAACUGCAGCAGGCAAGGUAGCAUGGGAGCUAACCAGAGAAACACAGAGAAGACGCAAAGAAACCACGUGAAGAAACAUGUUGUCUUAAAAGCAAUGCUGGAUAUAAUAACCGUGUAUUUUGUUUAAGAAGCGGAGGGUAACGUUACCAGGACUAUGAGUGACUCGGUGUGGACAGAAGGCAAACCCCAGUCUCCUCCCCAGCAUCUCAGCUCCAUGGCAGCCGCCAUGUUUGCUUCAUGGAAGGAGAGCUGCAGGUGACGUCACAAUAUACCUGUCAUAUCAGGAAACAAUGGCAUGACGUAUGUCCACCGGCUGACAGUCAGACAGUUGAAGGCUGCCAGGUGUUUGGUUGGAGACCAGACAGCCAGACACAGACGGAUGCGUGCUGAUAAUGCUCAGAGGGAUGGUAAAUGUCGCUCUUUGGCUCGGACCAGCAGCUGAGAGUUUGAAAUGUAGGUUUGUAGAGAAAGCUUUAAGAUGAGUACCAGACUUCUAUCAUGAAAUCUUUCCAGGGUCUCAAGUCUAGCCCUCUGUGUCUUCCCUUUCCCACACUCUCCAACAGAUGGAAUUUAGAAAAGGUUUGCAGAGGCAUGUACAACCAGUGAAAUUACAUUAAAUUCAAAUAAAAAACAUCUGGCACGCAGUUAUAUAAUUUAAUAACUGGCUUACCAGGUAAUCAAAUCCACAUUUAUAACACAGGUUUGUGAUGUUUGUGAAAAACAAAGGCCAGCUGGGAUCAGCCUUUCCCCUUUAGACCCAGGCACAAUCCAUUUCAGACAUUUUAGAUUUGGCUGUACUAGCUGAUAUACAGAAGGGUUUAAUGCUGUUAUAUUACGAAACCCCAAAAGAUAGUAUGAAUAUUCAAGGAAUAAAAGCUUUCUCUUGACUCUUAAAAAUAGUAAAAUAAUAACAGCUCAUAUAGAAUAAGUAAUCCAGUAUUUUGACAAUUCCCUUUGGAAUACUAUACAUAGGGACAUCAAACACUUUAUAUUUUGUUGGAACAGUAGCUGCAAGGGGACACUCCCUCUAACUAUUAAACUGGUUCCUACACUGUGCCACUUCUGCAGCAGUCGAGUGCAAGGACCCUCCCCUCUGCUUUAAAAGCUGUGCCUGCGUCCACAAAACCAUCUCACCUCUGCUGAGAUGUUGCUUCAACACCUGGGUUCUUCCACCAUGCUGUGUUAAAAUAGGUGAAUAAUAUUUGAUAUUCCUACUGAUCCAUAAGUGGAAGCAGACACUUCUUUUUUUUUUACGGGAACAUAGCUUCUCCUGAGGUGUGUCCCACAUUCGGGCACUAAAGAUGGGUGUGUGGGCCAGAGCAGCGGCUCUGUCUCUGUUGCUGCAACAGCUGCUGCUCACUGUCACAGCUCAAGGCAUUAUCUACGACCUGCUGGUGUCUCCAGACUGCCUGCCAGACCUGUUACAGGGAAGUCUGAAGAACAAAGGGCGAGAUGAGGCGUUCCUCCUCUCUUCCUUCAGCCUCCACAGCAAGGCCCCCACCUCGCUCUACAGUGUCAUCAACCCCAAAGACCUCACCAAGUACCUGGAGCUCAGCGUGCAGGCCAAACUCAGCAAGGUGACCCUUCGUUACCAGAAGACUGACGGCAGAUUUGCCACAACCAGUUUCAACCACGCGUCCCUGGCAGACGGGCGGGAUCACCAUGUGAUGCUGCAUGCCAGAGGCCUUCAGGGCGGCACACCUAGCCUCAACAUUUAUGUGGACUGCAGACUGGCACACACUUUGAAUGAUCUGCCAGCUGCCUUUGGGUCUCUCCCCCCCGGGCCCAACAAGGUGGCACUGAGAACCCUGCAGUCCAGAGGGCAGGAUGAACUGACAGACUUGAAGCUGGUAUUAGAGGACACCAUAGACAAUGUGGCGACUCUGCAGGACUGCAGCGUGGAUCAGCGAGAAACUUUGCAGCUGCUAAGUAUCCAGGGAGGCAGCACAACACACGACCAGGUCAGCAUGCUGGAGCUGAAGAGCAUGUUAUCUGACAUGAAGGUGCUGCUUAACCAGCAGAUUAAGGAGACAACCUUUCUGAGGAACACCAUUGCAGAGUGUCUUGCCUGUGGCCUCGAAGGCAACCCAAACACCAACACAGGUCCGACUCCUGCACCAUUUCUCAUGAAGCCUAAGUCCCCCCCUCAACCUCAACCUAAGCCUCAGCCUCAGCCCCCCCAGCCUCCUCAGCCGCAGACUCAGUGCCCACCUGGGACCUGUUUCAGACAGAACAUGUGCAUCCCAUUAGAGUCAGGUCGUUACCAGUGCGCCCCCUGUCCGGAAGGAUAUACAGGAGACGGGGUGCGCUGUGACGACGUAGACGAGUGCCAGUUUCAGCCAUGCUACCCGGGGGUCCGGUGCGUGAACACUGCUCCUGGUUUCCGCUGUGAGAAAUGUCCUCUGGGAUACAGCGGUCCGGAGAUAAAUGGAGUUGGAGUGUCUUAUGCUAAGUCCCACAAACAGGUGUGUGAGGAUAUAGAUGAGUGUCUGGGCCCGCCGCAGAAUGGAGGAUGCACUGCCAACGCGCACUGCCACAACACUAUAGGCUCCUUCCGCUGUGGAGAUUGUAAAACUGGCUUCACAGGAGACGAGAAGAGAGGCUGCCAGGCAACCAGGCUCUGCCCCAACGGGAAACCCAGCCCGUGUGACGCCAAUGGAGAGUGUGUGGUGGAGAGAGAUGGCAGCAUCAGCUGUAGGUGUGGCGUUGGUUGGGCAGGUAAUGGCUAUGUGUGUGGAAAAGACACCGAUAUUGACGGGUAUCCAGACACUAAGCUCCCGUGCGGAGACAUCAACUGUAAGCAGGAUAACUGUGUGUUUGUGCCAAACUCUGGCCAAGAGGAUGCAGACAGUGACGGGAAGGGGGACUCCUGUGACGAGGACGCAGACAGUGAUGGCAUUCUUAACGAUGAUGACAACUGCUGGCUCGUUCAUAAUGUGAAACAAAAGAACAGCGAUAAGGAUCUCCAUGGCGACGCCUGUGACAACUGCAAAACAGUUGAAAAUCCGUUACAGAGGGACACGGAUCAGGACGGGCUGGGGGACGAGUGUGAUGAUGAUAUGGACGGGGACGGCUUGAAGAAUAUCCUCGACAACUGCCAGCGAGUCCCCAACACAGACCAGGAGGACAAAGACAACGAUGGGGUGGGAGAUGCCUGCGACAGCUGUCCUGAUAUGUUCAACCCUAACCAGUCUGACUCCGAUGAUGACCUCGUAGGAGAUACCUGUGAUGACAACGUAGACAGUGAUGGUGAUGGCCACCAGGACUCAAAAGACAACUGUCCCACAGUCAUCAACUCCUCUCAGCUGGACACCGACAAGGAUGGAAUGGGAGAUGAAUGUGACGAUGACGACGAUAAUGACGGCAUCCUGGACGAUGACGACAACUGCAGACUUGUUCCCAACCCAGACCAACUGGACACAGAUGAAAACAAUGUCGGAGACGCAUGCGAAGGAGAUUUUGACCAAGACAACGUCAUUGACAUAAUCGACCUUUGCCCAGAGAACGCAGAGGUCACGCUGACCGACUUCAGAGCCUAUCAGACCGUAGUGCUGGAUCCAGAGGGGGACUCUCAGAUCGACCCCAACUGGGUGGUCCUCAACCAGGGCAUGGAGAUCGUUCAGACAAUGAACUCUGACCCUGGCCUUGCUGUAGGCUACAAAGCGUUCAGUGGUGUUGACUUUGAGGGAACCUUCCACGUAAACACGAUGACUGAUGAUGACUACGCUGGCUUCAUCUUCGGCUACCAGGACUCCUCCUCCUUCUACGUGGUGAUGUGGAAACAGACCGAGCAAACGUACUGGCAGGCCGCGCCCUUCAGAGCCGUCGCUGACCCGGGAAUACAGCUCAAGGUUGUGAAGUCAAAGACGGGUCCUGGUGAGUAUCUGAGGAACUCCCUGUGGCACACAGGAGACACCCCCGACCAGGUGCGCCUGCUGUGGAAGGACCCGAGGAACGUUGGCUGGAAGGACAAGGUCUCUUACCGCUGGUUCCUCCAGCACAGACCACAGGUCGGAUACAUCAGGGCUCGAUUCUUUGAGGGUCCAAAGCUGGUGGCGGACACCGAGGGGAUCAUUGACACCAGCAUGAGAGGAGGGAGACUGGGCGUGUUCUGCUUCUCUCAGGAAAACAUCAUCUGGUCCAACCUGAAGUACCGUUGCAAUGACACUAUUCCUGCUGACUACGAGGAUCUCAAUGCCCAGAACACAGAGUGAAGCGCAGAGUUCCAUCAGAUAAACUAUUAGAGCUGCACUGUUGAGAACAAAGAGGUAGUGAGGUCAAAUGAAAAGUGAGAGGAAACAUGAUGGACUGGGUUGGUUAAAGAUUAUUUUAACGUGGUCAUUUGAGUGAGAGGGUUUUAGGAAAGCUUACAAAUUGGGCAUUAUAUACUUUAUUUGUGUGUAACUGAAGCCAGUACAUUAUUGUAUAAAAAACAGGUCCUGUGUAUUUUUGAUCUCAAAGCAAUUGUACCAACAUUUUAUUAGUACGUAAAUACUGUAAUAGAUUACAUUGCUAAAACAAAAAAUAAUCUGAGCAUUUAAGAAGGAAAUCAAGGCAGGUUGUAUGUGGUAUUUUACAUCAGAUCAUUGUGUUAUUUAUCUGUAUGAAGGAACAUAUCAGUAAAUAAAAGACACC